AUGCAAACAACAACAAUGAGCAUUCUCAUGACUCGUCAUCGGAAGCCUCAACAACAACAUCACUCACCCGAUAUUUCUUUAGUGUCGGAACAAUUAUUGACUAGUCGUUUGAAACCCUUGCUUGAUAUUGGUUACUUGAAAGAGAGUAAGAAGGACGGAGAAAGAAAUAUUGGCACCAACGUAGUUGCAAUAACACCACCGUUAAGACAUGAGAUGUAUUUGUCUGAUGAGGGUCAAGUCUGUGAUUUUCAUAGUGAGACCUGUGUAAUGAAUUCGUUGAAAAACGAAAUCAUGGAAAUUCGGAAGCAUGACAAUAAGCCUUGUAAUAAUAUUUCAUCACGUUCAAUACAUGGCGAAUUCAUGGUGAAUGAUGCUCCUACACCCAUUUCUACAAACUGUACAAUCAUUUUAAUUAAUUUUGACUUGUGUUUGGAAACAUGUAACAACAGUCAUGUUGGAAAAUUAUUUUCCAAAUUGAAGGAACAAAUGUUAGUGAAUUGCAAAAAGAGAAACAGAAGCUUUGAAAUGAGAUUUGAUUUGACCUAUUCGAUAGGAGAGUAUGGUGUAUAUGGAAAAUCUCAAAACCAACUUCAUCUUCCUCAUGAUGUAAAAAUCUCGUACAAUCAUCACUGUAUACUAGUUGCUGAUUAUAACAAUAGAAGAAUCCAAGUGUUUGAUUUGUAUAGCAGACAAUUUAAGGCAACAAUUCCAACACCUUCCAAGUAUCCAAUGUAUUUAUGUGUCGAGGAAAAUCAUGAUGGCAAUCAAAAUGACGCUCUGAUUUUUGGAAGUAAUGGUGACAAUAGUGUUUACAAGUUUGAGUUACGGCCAUUGCUGUGUAAAGCGUAUUUAGGUCAAGUCGAAAGAGAUGAGUUGAAAAAAGAAUACAUUUGGAAAACCGAUUUUGAUACUCCACAAGCAAUUGCAGUGAAGUAUGGAUCUCAGUAUUGCAGGAAUGAAAUUUUUGUGUGCAAUGGUACCAAUAUUACUAUUUUGAGUUCAAUCUUUGGUUAUGCCAUCGAUAGUAUUCAGCUCAGCAACAGAGUUUAUGGUGUUGGAUUUACGAACAAGAAUGAUUUGAUUGUGAGUGAAGCUCUACUCUCUCAUAGAAUUGUAAUAAUGCGGAAAGAUCAAGAUGGUAAAUGGCAAACAAUGACCACUAUUGGUGACAGGGUUGGAGAAGAAUUGGGUGCUUUUAAUUGUCCCUAUUCUUUGAUAUUCGACAGAGUUUCUCACAAAAUAAUCGUGUGUGAUUCACAAAACCACCGAAUACAAAUUUUUACCCAGGAUGGAGAACUUGUGAAAUGUUGGGGAAGUACUGAACAGCACGACGAUCAAAUUUACCAUCCUUCUGGUAUGUGUUUGAAUGAAAUGACUGGAGAGUUACUUGUUUGUGAUGAAGGCAAUCAUAGAGUGCUCAUUUUCAAGUGA